AUGUCUUCCUAUCAUAAACCGUAUAUCCUUUAUUCGGUAGGUCCCAAGUGGCCUGGUACUUGGCCCUCCGUAAAUUUCUCAGUGUAUCAAGGCAGCUCCAGAGCAAACCCGGAAGCUUGGAAGAGUUAUAUCGAGGAUGCUCACAGAGCCCAUUCGAGUGGUCUUUAUCAAAGUUCAGAAGCCGUGAUGGAAGCUGCUGAACCUUCCAUGUCGGUGUAUAGGUACGAAGCCAUUAAGAAGAUAUCACCUUCUUUCCUGUUACUCAAGAGCUUCCACGAGACUAGAAAAGGGUAUGUUCAGCCUGAGCGGAGUGGGAGAUGA